CUGGCGAGCAGCCCCAGCCGGACUCUGCGGAGGCCAUGGCCCGGCCUCCCCGCCGCGCCGCAGGCCAGCGCCUGGCCCUACCGCUGCUGUGCCUGCUUUUCCAGGGCGCCACGGCCCUCCUCUUUGCGGUCUUCGUUCGCUACAACCGCGAAACCGACGCCGCCCUAUGGCACUGGGGCAACCACAGUAAUGCGGACAAUGAGUUUUACUUUCGCUACCCAAGCUUCCAGGAUGUGCAUGCCAUGGUGUUCGUGGGCUUUGGGUUCCUCAUGGUCUUCCUGCAGCGAUAUGGCUUCAGCAGCGUGGGUUUCACCUUCCUUCUAGCCUCCUUUGCCCUGCAGUGGGCCACACUGGUCCAAGGCUUCCUCCACACUUUCCAUGGUGGCCACAUCCAUGUUGGCGUGGAAAGCUUGAUCAACGCGGACUUCUGCGCAGGGGCCAUUCUCAUCUCCUUUGGGGCUGUUCUGGGCAAGACUGGACCAGCCCAGCUGCUGCUCAUGGCCCUGUGGGAAGUGGUGCUGUUCAGUGUCAACGAGUUUGUGCUACUCAGUCUCUUGGGGGUAAGAGAUGCUGGAGGCUCCAUGACCAUCCACACAUUUGGAGCCUACUUCGGGCUGUUCCUCUCAAGGGUCCUCUAUAGGUCCCAGCUGGAGAAGAGCAGGCAACGCCAGGGCUCUGUCUAUCAUUCUGACCUCUUUGCCAUGAUUGGGACUAUCUUCCUAUGGAUCUUCUGGCCGAGCUUCAACUCUGCACCCACAGCGCUGGGGGAUGGGCAGCAUCGUACAGCUCUCAACACAUACUACUCGCUCACUGCAAGCACCCUUAGCACCUUCGCCUUGUCGGCCCUUGUCGGUGGGGAUGGGCGACUGGACAUGGUCCACAUUCAGAAUGCUGCACUGGCUGGAGGGGUUGUGGUGGGGACAUCAAGUGAAAUGAUGCUGACACCUUUUGGGGCUCUGGCAGCUGGCUUCCUGGCUGGGACUGUCUCCGUCCUGGGGUAUAAGUUCUUUACGCCUGUCCUUGAAUCCAGAUUCAAAGUGCAAGACACGUGUGGUGUCCACAACCUGCAUGGGAUGCCAGGACUGCUGGGGGCUUUCCUGGGGGUCCUAGUGACUGGGCUGGCCACCCAUGAGGCUUAUGGAGAUGGCCUGCAGAGUGUGUUUCCACUCAUAGCCAAGGGCCAGCGCAGUGCCAUGUCUCAGGCCAUGUACCAGCUUUUUGGGCUGUUUGUUACACUGGUGUUUGCCUCUGUGGGUGGCAGCCUUGGAGGACUCCUGCUGAAGCUGCCCUUCCUGGACUUCCCCACAGACUCCCAAUGCUUCGAGGACCAGAUUCACUGGGAGGUACCUGGAGAGCAGGAGUCUGAAGUACAGGAGCCUUUGAGAGGGGAGGAGACAGACACUCAGGCCUAACUGUUGCCAGCAUGACACUGUUCUCUGAGACGAUGAUGGUUUCUGCCCAGAGAUCCAUUUCAGCUCCUAUUCCUAUAGCUGCAUGGAUGUUUUGAGCCAGAAGGAGCCUCUCAGUCCUAGGCAGGAUCCCAUCAGCCUGCACCCGUGGCUAGAAGGAGCCAAAGCUAGGCCUAGGUGACUGCUGCCCCGUUGUUCCAGUGACACCUUAACCAGGCCUACUUUGGGUAGGCAGCCAGGUGACAAAAACACCAUCACUUAGGACUCUGACAGCUUCUGUUUGUGCCUCUUCCCUUUAACUCCUGAGAACCUUGGGGUGGUGAAAGACCUUAGUAGUGACAAAAUAUUUCUCCUUGGGCCCACGGAGCUUCAUCCUAGAUGCCCCAUCCUGUCCUGUUGGAUAGGUGCUCCACCUAACCUGCCCUCUACAGGGGCCAUUCCAGCCAGCCUGUGUUGUCCAAGAACCCUUCCUGACCCUCAGCUGGGUGGGCCUCUGAUUGGAGUAGGAAGAGACCCCCAUAGGGCCCAAGAGGGACAUGAUAAGGACUUGGCUGCCACAACUCAGUAGCCCCAGGCAGUCAUCACCUGGUGCUAGUCCCGUCCUGAGGCUGUGGAGCAGAGAAUAGGGCCUUGAGGCUUUGGGCUGUGGCUCAGGAGGAUCAGGAAGGCAGCUCUGUUGAGCUGAGUCAUCUCACCACCAGAGGGCGCUCCAGAAUCAGCAGAAGACGCCUCCUCACCUAGGUCAUCAGCCAUGACAGAGGUCCUUCCUGCAGCCUAAGUGUCCAGCAGUUGCCUCAGUGCUGAGGCUACCAGCCCUUCCUGAGCUGCACCCAAACAUGUCAGCUGAUGUCAUGAAUUUCCUAUCUCAUCCCACAGAGAACCCAUUCCUUUAGCAGAUAGCAAGCCUCCUCCCAGUGAGGGGCUAGGACCCCUCCUUCCUUUAGCUAUUUGCCAGUGGGUUUCUUGCAGGAGUUGAAUAUAACAAUAAACACCUCUGCCUCCAAACUAA